AUGCCUGGGCGCGCGGGCCAAGCUGCCCGUGAGCGGAACGCGGCCGCCCAGCGGCGGCGUCGUGAGCGCCUGCGGCAGGCCCAGCGUGAGGCCGAGGCUCUGCGCCUGGCCGCCGAGCGUGCCGCCGAGCGGGGGGAGGCGGCGGCGGACCGUCCCGCCCAGGACGUGGCGGACGGCGCCGUCGAUGACUCUGACGGGGAGCAGGCGGAGGCCGAGCGGGAGGCCGCUCGGGAGAGGCAGCGUCAGCGCCGCGCCGCGAUUGAUGAUGCAGAGCGGGAAGCGGUGCAUCUGCUGAACGUAGAACAGCAGCGUCAGCGUCGUGCCGACCUGCAGGAGGAGGAGCGGGAAGCCGAGCGACAGCGGGACGUAGAACGGCAGCGUCAGCGCCGCGCCGACCUGCCAGAGGAGGAGCGGGAGGCCGAGCGACAGCGGGACGUAGAACGGCAGCGUCAGCGUCGUGCCGACCUGCAGGAGGAGGAGCGGGAGGCCGAGCGACAGCGGGACGUAGAACGGCAGCGUCAGCGUCGUGCCGACCUGCAGGAGGAGGAGCGCGCGGCAAGGCGUGCUGCCGACGCGGCGGCGGCGGCGCGGCGGCGGAGGGCGGCGCGUGAGCGCGGCAACCGGUCCGCCUGCGAUGCCGAGGCAGUGCUAAGUGGCCGGCAGCAGGUCGCUGUCCAGGACUUGGGGCAACGGAACAUCAACUGCGAGCACUGUGGCGCACUGCGCUGGCCGUCGGAGCGCGCCACUCUGUGCUGCCAGGCCGGCAAGGUGCGGCUGGAGCCCGUGCCGGCGCCACCGGCUCUCCUGCGGCGCCUGUGGACGGAGGACGACCUGCUGGCCCGCACUUUCCGAGAGCACUCCCGCCGCUUGAACACGGCGCUCAGUCUCGCCUCAAUGACGACGCGGGAGGUGCGGCCGGCGGACGGUGGCUACGCGCCGUCCGUCGUGAUCCAGGGCCGCCUCUACCACCGGAUCGGCCCGCUGGAGGCUGGCGACGGCCACGAGCCAUCGUUCGCCCAAAUUUAUGUGAACGACCCGGCCUGCGCAGACCCGGCGACGGAGGCGGCCAUGCGGCUCGGCCACGUGCCGCUGCCGCGAGCCACCAGCCCGGCGGUGCGGCAGCGCCUCCUGACACUGCUGGAGGACCUGCAACUCCUGUUACGCGAGGUAAACCCUUACGUGCAGGAUUUCAUCCUGGCCUCCGAGCUGCCCGAGGACCAGGUGGACCAGCAGCAGCUGGUCAUCAGCGCCGAGGCCCGCCCGGCCGACCAGCACCGCCGGCGCUACAACCCUGCCGAGGGGUUCAGGGAGGUGGCCGUGCUCAUCGGCGACGAGCCCGUCCAUCAGGACAUUGUUCUGCGGCGUCGGGCCGGUGCUGACGGCCCGGCGCUGCAGACGAUCAACGAGACCCACCGCGCCUUUGAGGCCCUCCACUACGUCCUCCUGCUGCCCUUCGGCACCGACGGCUGGCAGCCCGGCCUGCGGCACGCGGUGCCCAACGCCCGCGGCGUGUACGGGCAGCUCACGCUGACGCAGUACUACGCGUACCGCCUUCAAGAGCGACCCGGGAUGGACGACACCCUCCUGCGCGGCGCGCGUCUGCUCCAAGAGUACGUCUGCAUGGCGUUCGCGCGCGUCGAGACGCAGCGACUCCUGUGGGCAGCACGCAACCAGCAGGCUAUCCGCGCCGACCUGUAUCAGCGCUUGGAGGACGCGCUUCCGGCGGACGCGCUCGCCGAGCAGCGCGAAGGCGAGCAGCGGCUGGGUCGGCGCAUCAUUCUGCCGGCCAGUUUCACAGGAGGUCCGCGCUUUUACCAGCGCCGCUACAUGGACGCCAUGGCGAUCGUCCGGGCUCUCGGGAGGCCGACAUACUUCAUCACAUUCACGUGCAACCCGGACUGGCCCGAGAUCCGCGCGGCGCUGUUGCCCGGCCAGGACGCCCAGUCGCGGCCAGACCUGGUGGCGCGCGUGUUCGGCCAGAAGCUGCGCGUCCUUCUGGAUGAGCUGACCAAGCGUGGCAUCUUCGGACGAUGCGUGGCUAUCUUGAUGGUCAUCGAAUUCCAGAAGCGCGGGCUGCCCCACAGCCACAUCCUACUGAUAGUCCGUCAGGAGGAUCGGCCGCGGACCGCCGACGACGUCGACGCCGUCAUCUCGGCCGAACUGCCCGACCCGACGCAGUCGGACCAGGCGCGGCGGCUCCACGCCAUCGUCGUGCGGUCGAUGGUGCACCGGCCGUGCAACACCAUGCGGCCAGCCCCGGCCUGCAUCAUAAACGGCCGCUGCGACAAGGGUUUCCCCAAGCCGUACGCGGCCGUCACGGAGUGGCGGGACGAUUGCCCGUACCCCGUGUACCGGCGACGGGCUGCAGCAGACGGGGGACAUGAGACGGCGCGCGACGGCCGGCUCAUCACCAGCCAGUGGGUGGUGCCGCAUUCGCCGUACCUGUCCCUCCGCUUCGACGCGCACGUCAACGUCGAGGUCUGCUGCAGCGUGCAGUCCGUUAAAUACCUCUUCAGGUAUAUAUACAAGGGCCCCGACCGGCAGAUGGUGCGUGCCGACGCCCUGGUCGGCCUUGACGACGAGAUCGCCGCGUACCAAGAUCUCCGCUCGAUUGGCGCCAGCGAAGCCUGCUGGCGCCUAUUCGAGGAGCCCAUCAGCCGCCAGCAGCCGACCGUGGUGACGCUGCAGGUGCACCUGCCCAACCAGCAGCUGGUGUACUUCGAGCCCGGCGGUGAGCAGCAGGCCAUCGAGGCCGCCCGGCGCACCCAGCUCACCGCCUGGCUCGAGUACAACCGCGACUCGGCCGCCACCGACCCCCAGUGCCGGCAGCUGCUCUACCCGGACUUCCCGUCCGGCUACACCUGGCAGGUCGGCCAGAAAGUCUGGCGGAAGAGACGGCAGCAGCAGGCGACGGAGGCCAUCGGCCGGGUGGUGUACCUGUCACCUCGGCACGGCGAGGUAUUCUACCUGCGAGUCCUCCUGCACCAUGUGCCGGGCGCUGCCUCCUUUGAGGAUUUGCGCACGGUCGCUGGCGUGCUGUGCGCCACCUACCGGGAGGCGUGCGCGGUCAGAGGCCUCCUCCUUGAGGACCGCGAGUGGGAGGCCACCAUGCGUGACGCCGCCCACGCGCAGAUGCCCGCCCAGCUGCGACGCCUGUUCGGCGUCAUCCUGCUCUUUUGCACGCCAGCCGCUCCGAUGCAGCUCUUCGAGCGGCACCUGAACGACAUGGCAGAGGAUUUCGCGCGGCGGCACGCCGGUCUGCCGGACGACCUGCAGGCGACGCUGGUGCUGCUGCAGCUGGAGGAGCAGCUCCAGCAGGCCGGCAAGCAGCUGGACGAGUUCGGCCUGCCGGUGCCCACCGCCGAGCAGCGCGCGCUGGCCGCCGACCUGGAGCACGCCGACGCCGAGCGGCGACACCUGCCGCGCCUCAUCCAGGAGGAGAUGGAGCACGACGACGCCGAGCUGCAGGACCAGCUAGCCGCCCAGCUGCCCGUCCUGCUGCCGUCCCAGCGGGACAUCUUUGACCGGGUGCUGGCGGCCGUCGACGAGCACCGACCGCUGGCCGUCUUCGUCGACGCCGCCGGCGGCACCGGCAAGACUUUCCUGUUUAAUAUGCUGCUGGCGGCGGUGCGCGCGCGUGGAAUGGUGGCGCUCGCCGUGGCAUACAGCGGCAUCGCCGCGACGCUGCUGGAAGGUGGGCGCACAUUCCACUCGCGCUUUAAGGCGCCGCUCAACCCCGAGGCCACGUCAACCUGCGCCAUCGCCGCCCAGAGCCCGCUGGCCGAUCUGAUUCGGAGGACGGCCGUUAUCGUCUGCGACGAGGCGCCCAUGGCGCACCGUCACCUGCUUGAGGCGUUCGACAGAACGCUACGCGACGUCACCGGAGAGGACGAGCCGUUCGGCGGCAAGGUGGUCGUCCUCGGCGGUGAUUUCCGUCAGAUACUGCCUGUCAUCAGGCACGGAUCACGCGCCGCGGUGGCUGGCGCCUGUCUGCGCCGGUCGCCGCUGUGGCGCCACUUUGUAGUGGCCCAGCUGCGCACCAACAUGCGCGCGCGCCUGGCCGGCGGCGAGGACGGCGCGGAGCUGGAGGCGUUCGCCGACUGGCUGCUCCAGCUGGGCGACGGCCGUCUACCCGGGCCGGAGGACGGCUUUGUCCAGCUGCCUCCUGCGCUGACCAUGGACGCCGACGUCACCGCCGUCAUCGACUGGGUGUUCGACGGGCUCGCCGACCACCACGACGACCACCAGUGGAUGGCGUCGCGUGCCGUGCUGGCGCCGCGCAACACCCGAGUGGACGCAAUCAACGCGGCCGUCACGGCGCUCUUUCCCGGCGAGGAGGUGCACCUCCUGAGCGCCGACAGCCUGGAGGAGGAGGCGGAGGACGAGCUGCCGGUACCGGUGGAGUACCUCAACACCAUCGGUGCUCCCGGCCUGCCGGCGCACGACCUGGCCCUCAAGCCAGGAAUGCCGCUGGUGCUGUUGCGGAACCUGGCCGCCACCGACGGCCUCUGCAAUGGGACGCGCCUCAUCGCCGGACGCAUCCUCAGCCCCCGUCUGCUGGAGGCCACCAUCGCCUGCGGGAAGCACGCCGGCCGGCGGGUGCUGAUCCCUCGGCUGCCGCUGCAGCCACCGGACGGCGUGUUUCCGUUUCGCUGGACGCGCUGCCAGUUUCCAGUGCGCCCGGCCUUCGCCCUGACGAUCAACAAGGCGCAGGGCCAGACGCUGGGACGGGUGGCCGUCUUUUUAGACGAGCCCGUUUUUAGCCACGGACAGCUUUACGUGGCGGCCUCGCGCGUCGGCCGAGCCGCCGACCUGCGCUUCGCCCUGCCGGCCGGCAGCCAGGGCGCCACCCGUAACGUGGUGUACGGUGAGGUGCUCGAUGACUAG